AACAUCAUCCAAGCCACAGCCAAAGGAGAUGCUGACAGUCGACUCCAAACGAUGACUACCAUCAUCUUCAGCUAUGCCUUGGAAAGAUUCGGCCGGGUAGAGAAAGGAAAAACCAAGUCUACCUUUUACACCAUGAACCGUAGGGCUACAAAGAUACAUCAUCUGCGUCAGGAGCUUCGCACCCUCAAGAAACAGUACAAGAAAGCUACUGAUGAGGAGAAGCGACCAUUAGCAGAGCUGCAAAAUAUCCUGCGGAAGAAGCUGAUGAUCCUACGCAGAGCAGAGUGGCACCGGAGACGGGGGAGAGAAAGAGCCAGGAAGCGAGCGGCUUUUAUUGCCAAUCCCUUCGGUUUUACAAAACAACUGCUCGGGGACAAGCGUAGCGGUCGGCUUGAGUGCUCAAUAGAGGAAGUGAAUCGCUUCCUCCAGGACACAGUGAGCGAUUCCCUGAGAGAGCAAGACCUGGAGCCCAACAAAGCUCUCGUCAGCCCCGCCCCUCCAACAACAGAGUUCAACUUGAAGGGGCCAAGUCUGAAGGAGGUUGAGGAGAUCAUCAAGGCAGCUCGCUCAGCAUCUACUCCAGGCCCCAGUGGCGUACCUUAUUUGGUCUAUAAGCGCUGCCCAGACCUUCUCCGGCACCUGUGGAAGAUCUUGAAGGUGAUUUGGCGAAGAGGAAGAGUUGCUGACCAGUGGAGGUGUGCUGAGGGAGUGUGGAUUCCUAAAGAGGAGAACUCGAAAAACAUCAACCAGUUUCGAACCAUCUCACUAUUGAGUGUUGAAGGGAAGGUGUUUUUUAGCAUCGUCUCACGAAGACUGACAGAGUUUCUCCUCAAGAACAACUACAUCGACCCCUCAGUGCAGAAGGGGGGGAUUCCUGGAGCUCCCGGCUGCCUGGAACAUACUGGUGUAGUUACACAACUCAUCAGAGAGGCCCAUGAGAACAGAGGCGACCUAGUUGUUUUGUGGUUGGACCUGGCGAAUGCCUAUGGGUCCAUACCGCACAAGCUAGUCGAGCUCACUCUACACCUCCAUCAUGUUCCCAGUAAGAUUAAGGACCUGAUCCUAGAUUACUACAAUAAUUUUAGGAUGCGGGUCACUUCAGGGUCAGAAACAUCAGACUGGCAUCGUAUUGGGAAAGGAAUAAUAACAGGCUGUACCAUCUCUGUUAUUCUUUUCGCUCUUGCCAUGAACAUGGUGGUCAAGUCAGCCGAGGUGGAAUGUAGAGGGCCCUUAACCAAGUCAGGAGUACAACAGCCCCCUAUAAGAGCCUAUAUGGAUGACCUAACUAUUACAACGAUACAGGUCCCAGGGAGCAGGUGGAUCUUACAAGGACUUGAGAGACUCAUCACCUGGGCAAGGAUGAGUUUUAAGCCCUCCAAGUCAAGGUCCAUGGUGCUGAAGAAGGGGAAAGUGGUUGACAAGUUCCGUUUUUCGAUCUCAGGAACUGUCAUCCCAACCAUCGCGGAGCAACCUGUCAAGAGUUUGGGGAAGCUUUUUGACUCUAGCCUGAAAGACUCUGCCGCCAUCCAGAAGUCCAACAAAGAACUUGGAGCUUGGCUCACUAAGGUUGACAAGUCCGGUCUGCCUGGUAGAUUUAAAGCCUGGAUCUACCAGCAUUCCAUCCUGCCCCGAGUCUUGUGGCCCCUGCUGAUCUAUGAAGUCCCAAUGACAACAGUUGAGUCCCUAGAAAGGAAGAUCAGUGGCUUUCUUCGGAAGUGGCUGGGUCUUCCACGCAGUCUUACCAGCGCUGCACUGUAUGGGACAAGUAACAUCUUGCAGUUGCCCUUCAGUGGUCUCACAGAAGAAUUUAAGGUGGUACGCACCAGAGAAGCCCUACAGUAUAGGGACUCCAGGGACUGUAAGGUGUCAUCAGCCGGCAUCGAGGUGAGGACAGGAAGGAAAUGGAAGGCUGGGAAAGCAGUGGAGGUGGCAGCGUCACGCCUGAGACAAAAGGCUCUGGUGGGCACCAUGGCGACAGGCAGAGCGGGCUUGGGCUACUUUCCAAAGACCUUGGUUAGCCAGGCCCGCGGUAAGGAAAGACACCAUCUACUUCAGGAAGAGGUUCGAGCAGGCGUGGAGGAAGAGCGAGUGAGCAGGGCGGGGGGACUUGAUCAACCCUGGCUGGGGACUAGUAUGAAAGACAACAGAAACCAGGUUGCAUACUUCCUGGGCUACAUGUGCCAGCUGAACAACUGA